AUUACUGGUUCUUCCUUUUAAAAGUAAGUUUUCUGGCCCUUAUGUUAUACAGAAACGUUUAAAUAAUCAGAAUUAUAUCAUAAAAACUCCAGAUAGACGUAAAAGCACUCAGUUAGUCCAUGUCAAUAUGCUUAAAGAAUAUCAUGCCGAUUCCUCUGCUGCUCUAUUUUGUUCCAGAGACACAGAUAUUGUAAAACAAAAGUCCACCACCUUAAAGGAUGUAAAUUCUUUAGGCCUAAAUGAAAUCCCAUCUUGGGCUGACUUUUCUAAUAAAGAAAUCUUAGAAUCUCUUCCGCAGUAUCUACAGCACCUAAAUGAGGAGCAACGGUGUGAUAUUAAGAAUCUGCUACGACAGUAUGAAGAUGUAUGCAGUGAUAAUCCCCGAGAAUGCAGUGUUAUUUCUCACGACAUUGAGUUAUUGCCAGGAACUCUUCCUAUACGACAAAACUACUAUCGAACCAACUUUGAAAAACGGAAGGUAGAUGCAUGUGACUACGGUGUUGGUGCUGUCCUCCUACAAGAGAAGCCUGAAACGAACUUGCUUCACCCUGUGUCUUACUAUUCAUGCAGGUUGAAGAAGCACCAAAGGUCGCUAUCUACUGUGGAGAAAGAGCUCCUAGCUAUAGUACAAGCCUUGCAGAAAUAUGAAGUCUACGUUUCCACAAAUAACCCCAUUACUGUGUACACCGACCACAACCCCCUCGUCUUCUUGAACAGAGCUCGAAAUGUGAACCAGAAAAUUUUAAGAUGGUCUCUCUACUUGCAAAACUUCAAUAUCAGUGUUCAUCACAUUCGUGGUCAAGACAAUCGUAUAGCUGAUGCACUGUCAAGAACACCCGUACCAGGGAAUAUCGUACCUUCAUAGGUUACGAUCUCUUCAGCGGGGAGGAGAUGUCAAGUACCGGCUUUCUUCAUUAAUUAAACGGAUCCGUGUACAUAUUGUAUAUACAAAUAAAUAACUAAUGGUAACCACCUUUCGUAAUAAGUACGAAAUCUUGAAAUUAAGUUAAAAUGUCGCUCUCCAGUAUCCUUGUAAAACCUACCUUCUGAUUCCCCCUCCUGUCUCGUUCUCCUUACUCCCCCUCUCUCCCCAUCCCCCCCACACGUUUUCCUUCGCUCUGGCUGAUUUGCCACCUGUCUCUCGUCCCAGCUCCUGCCUCGUAAGCGCUUGUUAAAACUUCUCUGAUCAUUGUGAGUACGGUUGUUAUACCAUAUGAUAUUUUGGAUUUGGUAUUGGGCAGAAUAUUUAGUUUAUUAUGUUGGUUAUGUUAAUUAAUUGGUAAUGUUUUGAUAUGUUAAGUUUUGUUAAUUAAAUGUAAUUGUUUUA